AUGGCGCCUAUCUCCCCGCCAUUGCUCGAUAGCCACAAUUCUUCGAGCUUUCCAGAUUUACCCACGCACGCAGCACGAACAGAUUUCUUGGGCACUCCGGAAUCUUUGGACCUCCAUUGCUCGGUGUUGCAUUCCAAGACCCGGAACGAUCUUGCUGAAUUCUUUACUGGCACUGUGAACGUCUGCUUUCCUCUAUUUCAACCUCAUACAAUUUCAAAGGCACUGGAGAUUGAGCAUUUUCACCACCUACCGUUGGUCAUCUACGGCAUAUCGGCGGGACUGAUCGGAAACCCUAAUAUGCGGGCGGAAGCCGAAGUCGACAACGAGUUGCGGCAGUGGGUUCACACACAGCAAAUAACAGCCGAGAGCAUCAUCGAUCCAAAGGCUCUGUACGAAUGGCAAACUGCUUGUCUGCUGGCAUGGUAUGGAUUCCAUCAGCGGCUUGGCACCGAAGACGAAACGCACCUCGUCAUCACCAGUUUGACCCGCAAAGCAUACCACUUUGGCCUACACCAGAUCGAUAGCCCUGAAAACCGAGACUGCUAUGGCUGGGACCUCCUGGAUGAGCCCAGCCUGGAAGACUGGCGUCGUGUGUGGUGGUGCGUCUACGUUCUCGAUUCGUAUUCUAGCUUUUCGACAGCAACCCCGACGCAAGUGGAGACCGAGAGUAUCCAGACAGCACUCCCCCUUGACCCGGCAGCGAUAAAGGGGACGCACUCUCAAACUGAGAGAAUUUUUCUCCCGGCUAGUCUGGAGGGUCUGCCCGCCGUUACGCAAAGUAUUGGGAACGGUCUCGCAGACAAGGGCUUUGCUCUGCAUAUGGCUGUGAACACCCUCUUGAAAGCAGCGGUAGCAGUUCAUCGGCUCAGCAAGCAGAGCUCGGGCGCCUAUAUCUCCGGACGAAUAUCUGCAUUGAGGGAUCACCUCUCAGCCCUACAAUUAACUCUGCCACACUACUACAUGCAACCGACCCCAGACAUGAUCGGUGGCGAACUACCGUCUGCAUUCAACACACGCCUUCAGACUCAGCUCAAAGUCCACAGCAUUCGAAUCAUGCUCGGACUUUGCGACAUGCGAAUGGAUAGGAGCCGCUUGUUCUCCAGGUGGCAGGAAAACUUGGAAAUUUGCUAUCGCAUGUUCGAGGUGAUCCAGCACUGGGACUCGCAGUCCAGUCUUACCGUCGACCCGGCCAUCUGUUUCAUCGUCGCGUCAUUGCUCGUAAUGUUGCAUCUUCAUACCCAUUCAAGCGCAAACUCCAAUGCGGCGUUACUUGCGCAACUCACACGGCGGAAACAGGUGGUCCGUCUGUUCCUGCAGAACUACGCCUCGUCCUGGAGAUUACCCCGGUUCCUUCUUGACUGCUGCGACGCGUUUAUGCACAAAGUGUCGGGCCCCCUGAGUGCAGAUGAUAUCGUUCGCAUUUCGGACCACUUCCAGGGCCCGUUGCAUCGGAAAUGGCUCAGCUUCCUGUCCCCCAGCCCGGAAACCCCGGACUUUCUGGACUUUGACAACCUGAUACAUUUCGAUUUGGAUGCAUCAAUUGAGGAUUAUUUUUCGUUUCACGAAAGCGAACCGAUACCAACCUUUGACUCUAGUCCAACGACAACCGGAAUGUGUGAACGAAAGUGA